CGAGCGUGUCUGCCGCGCGCCGUAUUGACAUUUGCCCGCUUUCGGCCCGUCAGAGCGCCGUCGCGGCGCGUCGCGCCCGUUUUGUGUCUGGUGGGCGCCCGUUGCGGAGACGUGAUGGGGCCCUAGGCGAGUGCAGUGUUUACAUAUAUGUGGGCAGACACGGUGGCAGCGUGUCGCAAUUAGACUGUUUUCGUAUGUGUAAUUGGGAUCCGGUGCUGCGAGGGCCAGGAGGUAAACAGCGCAGACGUCGAGGCCGGGGAGACAGGUAAACACAGGCAGACACAUAAAACAGGAGGUGUCUCCGGUGUGGUGAGCAGAGGUCGUCUGCACGUCUGCGGUGGGGGUGUGUGGGUGUGGUGUUGGAGUGUCGUUCUGCAACCGUGCCUCCGAUGUCGACCGCCGCCAGCGUCACCGAAACGCCUCUCAAACACACCGCACAGGGCGCCGUGUCCCUCCCUCCGCUCUCGUCUAUCCUGCUGUCGCCAGCAGAGUCCUCGCUGCGCAACUCGCUGAUCCACGAGUCCACGCCGCAGAGACACAAGGUCCCGCUGCUGCCGGCCAGAGCCAAGCCCAACAUCUUCAACACGGGCGGCGCCAAGCCCCCACACAGCAGCAGGGCGUUCUCGCUGCCGUCGAUCGAGUCCCUGACCGCCAGCCCUACGCUCAAGAAGUCCCUCUCGUGCUCCGCCUCGCUGCCCCUGCCCACCCCGUACCACGACUCCUUCUACAACAAGUCGUUUGUGCCGGCCACGCCGCUCACACACAAGCUGCCGCUCGCACCCAUCCUCAACCAGUCCACCCCGCUGCAUCUCUCCCGCAGCCGGACAAACACAAGCAUCUUCCCCGUCCUCUCCAAACAGAGAAACGCCAAUGUCUCGCUCACCUCCGACAACAACGAGUCCAGCUUCUGCGCCUCCACCCCGUUCAAGUCGACGCUCAACACCUCCUCCCUCUCCUCCGGCAGUGAGAACAUCUUCUCCUCGAAAAACAUCAUCAACAGCAGCACGCUCAAGUCGGACCUUUCCAUCAAGCUCCAAGACAAGACCCCCGGCUCUGUUUCCAAGAAGAGAAAGGCCUCCCUCGACGAAAGCAAGAGCUUCGCCUUCAUCUCCCACUCCCAGGAAACUUUCCUUUCCAACGAGCCGAAUAUCGACAACGCCAGACUCGCACGGAGAAAGAGAAGAAGAACCUCACCAACGGAGUUGGCCAUCCUGAAAGAGGAAUUCAAGAAGGGCACCACUCCCAACAAGCAGAGAAGAAUCCUCAUUGCGAAAAGAGUCGACAUGACAGAGAAGGCUGUCCAGAUCUGGUUCCAGAACAAAAGGCAAGCCAUGCGGAAGAUUCAGAAUCAAAAUAGCAAAGAGUUUGUUGUCGAGAUCAACAGCAAGAAAAGCCCAGAUACCUCCGACGAUGAAGACAUGAAUGAAGACGAAGAUGCCGAAAACGACAAUGACAAUGAUAAUGACAACAAUAACGAUAACGAUAACGGCAACGACAACGACAACGAUGAGCAUGAAAACGAAGCGCUUCUGAGUGUAUCCAACAAGUUGAAAACCUACACAGAAGCAGAAUUGAAGAUCGCCAGCGAAAGUGGCAUUUACAGUGAUGAUUCCAGUGUCGACUCAAAGCAGUUGAACUUGCUUGAAGAAAACAAGGAGAAUAUCGACCCAGACGUCAAAUCUCCAAGCAAGGUUGGCUCCGUAAUGUCGCUUCCACCCAGGGGGAUCUUCUCUUCUCCUCUUUCUUCUACAAAGUCUGGUAAAAAGAUGGUACUCACAGACAUAACCAACCAACAAGCCGGCCAGACUUUCAAGUUCAAAUCCACAAAUUUCGGAUUGAUCUCCCACAAUGCAAUUACCUCAAGAAGACAAAAGCCUACAAUGAAGUUAAAACUUAAGUCGGGAUUUGCCAACUCCAGCAAGCCCAACGAAUUUAAACAUCAAGGCUUGGUGAUCUUAAAGGAUGCCACCAAUCAUUCUAAUACCAAAUCCGAAAUCAAAUUAAAAGUUCACGCUGCACCACAACUGAAGUCGGAGAACUAACUCAUUUCAUGCAUUAUUCGUUAUUUUUUGUUUUUCGUACCUUUACAUUUACAUUUACAUUUUUCAGCAUUUUAUACUACACUGCAGGAUAUUCAUAUUUUUGUUUGGUAUAUUGACAGUACACAGGGCCCAGAUUUUUAUAAAAAAACUAUUUAACAUUUUAAUUGUAUACUAGGAAACACUUUACUCAUUUAUCUAACCAC